GAAAGAACCUAACAGUUGAGCAUUGCACUUGAACAGUGAAACACAUGCAAGAAUUUUUCUCAAACUUUCCAUCUCUUUUGCCCUUCUGCCUAAAUAAUAAUAAUAAUAAUAAUUCCCACCUCACAUAAAAGUGAAUUCCACAAGAAGGCUAAUCUAUCAGUUUCACUUUAGCUAUCGAUAGUGUGGUGUAAUAAUUUGAUUUAGUUUUGCGAAAUCACUACAUUGAGUAACGAUGAUCGUGAAAAGCUUCCUUGGGAUAUUUCUUGUUAUAAUUUGUGUGUCAAUUACUAAACAGGCACCUCAAGCACGACAGCAAAAUAACGAUGGUCGUCCAAGAUUUGGUAAUUAUGUAGAACAUUUUCUCCAAUAUCUCGACAGACAGGGUGUGAGUGAUCAAGAGAAGAUCAAUUAUUUAGGAGAAAUAUUAAGUGCUCUCAGUUAUUUCAAAUUUAAUGAUCCGAAUUUUUUGGAAUACUGUGCGGGUCAAAAAAUCGUUCAAGAUGGAUAUCGUGAUGCUCAAAAGCAAAAAAAUCAUAAUAAUGGUGAUGAUGGAGAAAAUAUUUUGGACCGUACCAAUUUCAAUAGAUUUAGAGACCCUUCUCAUGAAAACCAACGUGAAAUAAAUAAUUACGACAUUCAGUUAAAUGAAGAUAAAAAUGAUCCAAAAACAACGCACAGUAGAACAACUCAAGAUCAAUAUCACAAACCGACAAAUCAAUAUCAGACACGUGGAAUAGAUGGAUAUCAUUCAAGUCACAUUGAAAAUCAUGAUGAGGCUCAAAAAGGAUCAUCUCAUGAAAAUGAAGAUUCUCAUGAUGACCUUCAUGGAGAUGAAGAUGAAGAUGAUUAUUCUUACAGUGACGAUAACUCUUCUGAGGAUAAUGAUGAAUCUUCUGAUGAUGAUGAUCAUUUAGACGAUGAUGAUUACCAAGAAAAUAGCGAAGAUCACGAUAAUGAUACACAGGGAUAUUAUGAAGGUAAUGACGAAGAAAAAAUGGAACAUCAAUCAAUUGAUGGGUAUAAUGUAGGAGAUCAGAUACAACAAACAGGAAAUAAAGAUGACACACACGUAACUCGUAACGAUGACACGAUGGGUCCAUCUCAAAGAACCACCAAUCGUGACCGAGAUAAUCAUCAUUUAAAUAAAUUUUCUAUUCCCCGAGGAUCUUUAAAUGAUUAUUAUAACAAAUAUUCCGAUGGAUCACAUAAUCGUGAUACUUAUGGACGAAAUUCUCAAAAUUACGACCCUUAUGGAAGGCAAUCUCAAGAAAAUAAACCAGCAUUUACUAAAAAUGACUAUAGUGAAACAAGUCCAAGUUCAUCCAAUUCAAGAGACUCCUAUGACCCAUAUAAUGGGCAUGUUGGACAAAGACCAAUCGAUGAAAUAGAGUACAGUGGGGACUAUGACAAUACCAAUUCACCAGCAUAUACUUCAAACCAAGUCAAUGAUUAUCUCGAUCGUAUUCGUCUACAUAAUCUACCUCCUAAUUUGGCCAAAUAUGCUGAAUCAUAUCUCAAUUAUGCAAAAAAUGCCGUAAGAACAUAUGGCAGUUAUGCGAAAAAUUUUAAUACCAUCAGACCUUGCCUUGAAUCCCUUGUACAAUAUUUCAACCUACUAAAUGACGAUUUAGCUAAUGCAUAUGAAAGAUGCCAAGACGAUUGCUUCUACUCUCGUCUAGAUAGUUAUUCAACAUCUGUAACACAAUACACCGCCACUACGAAUGAAUGUAUAGCAAAGGGAAUGUACUAAAAAAAAGAAAAAACUUACCUUUUUCUCCCACUUGCUUCAAACUUUCAACUUUAGCUUGUAUCUUUGUCUGGACGUUUUCUGCACCUUCUUUCAUCUUCUGCAAAAUUCCUGUAAAUUUAGUUUAAAAAAACAAACUUACUUUUAACCGAUUAUAAAUAAAAUGCAUGGUAGAAAAAUAAAAAUCAAAUAAAUUAUGUCGAAAAUCCUUUGCAAUACAAAAUAGAAUAUCUUGUGCAAAGCAAUAUUUAUAUAAGAAAAAUAGAAGAAUUGCAAAAAUGAGGGAGGUGUGCAUAAUGAAAAAAAUGGCAGUAAACUUGAUAUUUCCAGAAAAUAAAGUUUAUAACGAAAGCAUUGAACCAAC